GCUUGGUAAGGUCUGGCUGGCUCAAGAGGGUGAUUGUCGCAGGAUGGGCCGAGGUAUAUAAAGGGUCGGAGCAGGGUCCACGGCACCAGUGGUGAGCGCGGUGCCAUCAUGACCAACCGCACAGCCCUCAUGCUGCUGGCCCUGGCGGCGGCUGCUGCUGCAGCGCCGUACGGAGAUGCCGUUCCUCGUUGCUCCACGGAGUGCCCCAUUGCCGCGGCCAAGUUCUCCUUCAUUCCGGGCAAGACCUAUUCCUACACCUACACUGGAAAGUCGAAAGUUCAGCUGAAAGGUGUGGAAGGAGGCCUCGUGGAGACACGAUGGGAGGAAACUGUGCUGAUGACGUGGCUCAGCCCAUGCGACGUGGCACUCUCCUUCAAAGACACAAAGGUGGACGGCGAGGCCGGUCCGCCUGGCGCAAGCAUGCUGGAGAAGUACCCACUAGUGGUGGCUAUGACCGAUGGCCGAGUGCAGCGGGUGUGCAGUCAUCCCGACGACGACACCUGGGCAAUCAACAUGAAAAAGGGCGUCGCCUCGGCCCUUCAGAUCAGUCUGCCGUCCCUCUCCACCAGCAACUCAGGACUCACCCUAACGGAGACGGACGUGGUGGGAACGUGCCCUACCCGCUACGAGGUCGAGACAGAUGGCUCCAAGGUAGUAGUGAAGAAGGAGAAGAACCACCGUCUGUGCCAGGAGCGUUACGCUACCCCCGACGAGACGCACAUGCCGUGGCUGAAGGGACCGCUGCCCAUGCAGGAGUCGUGGUCAGUGUGUACACAAGAGGUCAACAGCGGCAUCAUCUCCUCAGUGAAGUGUGAAGACAAGAAGGUGGUGAGGCCAGCUUACGGAACGUACAAGUUCGUCGAGGCAGAGCAGGAGUCAACACUACGACUCACCUCCAGCGACGUCCCCACUCCAGACAUCGUUUCCCGCAUCUCUCAGGGUCACCUGGUACCCAAACGUCUCCUCUAUGACUACGAGACCCCCAAGAAGGAGCCGUCUCUUGUGCCGCAGCUGGAGCAAACACUGAGGCAUCUGUGUGACAUCACCAAAGACGAGAUUCAGGCUGAUGCUGCCGUCGAGCUGGACAAGGCCGUCCACCUCAUGCGGCGCAUUCCCCUCCAAGGCUUCAAGGAAAUCUAUGCAAAGGUCCGCAGCAAGCAGAUAUGUCCGCAACACAACAAGCUGAAGAGCCUCUACUUCGACGCGAUCGCCUUCGUCCACGAGCCUGAGUCGGUCAUAAUUAUGGCAAAGGAGCUGGCUGAGGGACGGGCCACCGGUGCUCGAGCUGCCAUCUACUCAGCCGCAUUCUACCUCGUGCCUCGCCCUAACAUGGAAGCAGUUCAAGCUCUAGAGCCAUUGUUUAGGGCUGACGAACCAUACCUAUCGUCGGCGAAACUGGCUGCUGCUUCCAUGGUUAACAGGUACUGUCGCCAUAACCCACAAUGUUACAACGAAGCUACUGUGAAGAGCCUGCCGCAGGCGAUGAAGCAAAUGAUCCAGAACGACCUGUCCGCCUCAAAUAAUGAGGAGUCUGAGAAGAAGGCCUUGGCUGCCUUCAAAAGCCUUGGCAACAUGGGCGUCAUGACCCACGAUGUGGCUGAGGUGCUGAUCCGCUACAUGCACAGCGAACAAAAGAAAGUGAACAACCGUGUGGCAGCUGUACAAGCCUUUAGGUUGUCCAAGUGUAACCGCGAGGUGACGCAGAAACUCGUCGACUUUGCCGUCCGACCCGGGAACACGGAAGUUAGAAUUGCUGCCUAUCUGACAGCACUUCGCUGUGUAGACUAUGAGGACCUGCAGACCAUUGUGACAAAGAUCUCCGUUGAGGAAAACACGCAGGUUCGUGGGUUUAUCCUGAGCCAUUUGCUGAACCUGCAAGAGACCAACGCCCCCGAAAAGGAAAGGCUGCGCUCCCUGCUGACAAACAUUCUCAUUCCCGAUAAUUUUGAGCGUGACCUUAGGAAGUACUCCCGCAACAUUGACCUUUCCUAUUUCGCCCCAUCCCUCGGCCUUGGUGCCGAAGUAGAGUCCAACCUUAUCUACGCUCCCGGCUCCUUCUUCCCUCGCUCUCUUGACGUGAACCUCACUGCAGCUGUCGAUGGAACCGGUACUCCCAUCAACAUCGGAGAAAUCGGCGGUCGCCUUGAGGGUCUGGAACCAAUAAUCGCUCAACUCUUUGGACCUGCAGGCUACUUCAAUAAAUCGAGCUAUAACAAAAUCUUAUAUGACCUCAUCUCCUUUAUCAAAAAGAACUGGAGCAGGAUUCAGGAGGAGCUGGACGUCUCGAUACGGGAGAGAAGAUCCCUUGACUAUGCAACCCUUGAAAGCAUGUUCACCAAACUGUACGGUCCCCAUUCUGGACCUGUCCAAGCCGAUGUUUUCGCUCGCUUCAUGGGUCAGGAAAUAAGCUAUGGCUCCUUGUCCAAGCGGCUGCAGGACAUCAAUGCUGAAGCCUUGAUAGAUAAUUUUAGUCGCUACUUGAUUGAAAAUCUGAUGAAAAUGAAGAACCUGAACCUAGACUCAGCCCGAGCCACACAACUGGGGGUGGACUACUCCUUCCCGACCAUUCAGGGCACGCCGCUCAAGAUGACGAUGGAGGCGAUGGUUGUAGCAGGAAUCCAAUUGAAGACAAACCUCAACGGAGCAUCCUCGGAGGAGACAACCGCCGGUGAAAAAAUUAAAAUUUUGCCAAUGCUCUCAGUGAAGGCGCACAGUUUUAUUGGCUACGACGCGUACGUGUCCAAGAGCGGAAUCAAGAUGAACGCCACCGUUUCCAGCAGCAAUGGGCUCGCAAUCAAGGUGAAUAGCGGUAGAGAGAUGGAAAUCGAAGUGGACAUCCCCAACAAGAUGGAAAUCAUUCAAGUACGAAGUGAGGCGUUCCUUAUGAAGGGCAAGAAGGACAUGCCGGACACCAAGAUCUUGGCGCAUUCCAUGCAAGACCCUAGAAUCCGCAAACAGUCGUGCUUUACUGGCCUCGAGUCGGUGUUCGGCCUAAAGAUGUGCUACGACCUCGACGUCCCGGACGUCUUCCGUGCUAACUCUCUACCCUUGGGCGCUCCAAUUCUUGCGAGGGUCUCCAUCAACAAGACUGAGUCCUCCAUAAAGGGGUACAAGAUUGCUGUCACCACACGCACGGAGAACCAAGACAAAAAGUAUGGCUGUAAAGUUUCCGUGGUAGGCUCAGCUUCACCGAAAGAAGCAAACGUGGAAGUACUCCAAAAGAAAGAGAGCGAUUCGUACCUUGCUGCUAUCAAACUCCAGUCGGCCGUCUAUAGCGGCGAUGCUAAGGUGCUCCUUAUCAACAAACCUGAGUACAAAAGUGUCCAAACUGACGUCGCUCUUAAGACGGAAAGCAGCGAUUUCACCAAAGCCAUAAAAGUUGACAUCAAGAUAUCGUCCGAAGGAGAUGCCAAGAAGUACGAAACAAAUAUCUUUGUCAGUCCCUCGGGGCAAAUGUCCGACGAGUCCAAGAUAUUCACAGCGGAGCUCAUAAAUACAUUCAGGGCUCCUUGGGUAAUGGUGGAUAUCUCGGCCAAGACGGAAAACGUCCUUAUGCAGUACAUCCCUCUCAGGCUUGAAGUUGGCGGUGACUUGAAGCAGUACGCCAUGAUUGCACUGCCAACGAAGCUGAGAAAAUUGGAGCUGGAGACCGACAUCUCUGGCUGGAAGGUGGCUGCCUUCUUCCGUAAGACGGAGGAGUCGGGCCAGAACGGAAAGUAUAGCUCAGCCUUCAAGGUGGACCGCCAGGGACGGGAGUUGAUUGAUCUCCAGAGUGACAUCCUUAUCCGUGGGAGGCCCGCUGUUGACUUUGAGGCACAUAUCGCAGCCAAAGCUAAGUUCGGGGAGGCCGAGUACAAGUUCCUGCAGAUGGUUGAAUACCAAGAGACAAAGAUUGGGGCAACCUUGCAGUUGACACGUCCGUUGGACAACGUGAAGUUGUUUGAGAUAGUGGCUCAGAGCGACUCAGAGGAGAUCAAGUUCCUGUUCAAGGUUGACAUCCCUGAGUUCAUUCUGCCAAUUAAGAUGGCCGCCCGCGCCAUGCGACAAGAUGAGGGCUACAUGGUCGAUGCCGCUGUCCUUCGCGGAGGCCAAACCAUCGUGAAACUACAAGGGCCUGUUACUUUCAUUAAAACACCUGAGCUCACAAAGCUUGCAACCAACAUCAAGAUCAACGACAUCUAUCAAUGGGUUUCCGUUCAUGAAUUCCAAAAAGGAAAGGACUCUUGUUUCAUGGAGCUAAAGAAGCAGCAGGAAGUGCUUGGGUCCUUUAUGCUAAACACAAAGUUUCUAGUCUCGCAGACACCGUCCCUGCAGGCCAGGGUGUACCUGCCUCGCCUCUGUGACGCCAAGACAGACGUGUCUAUCAGCGAGAGUGUUGUCCACGCCAGCACCGACCUUCUGUUGCUACCCCGCUCCUCUUCCCCACGCAGAAUUAAGGCCUUCACCGACGUCAACUUCGACAGCAAGAAGGGCCAGAUGAUGGUGCUCUGGAACGCUGACAAUGAUUCUUCCCAAAAGAUUGCCGUAGACGCCACUAUCAUGCCGGAGAGCGGCAGUCAAACUCGUUCAAACAUAGACGUGAAGGUAACGGUCAUGGACAAGACCUACAACGUGAACGCUAAGGUGGAGGCGCCGUUCCUGGUGCGGCAGUACCGGGAAAGGAGCAGCAUCGAGAUGAACGUGGACACGCCUGCCGGAAAGAACUGGAUGCUGCAGAUGGGCAUCAAGAGCCGUGGUGACUACAGCGCCUUUGCCGACUUUACCUUCAAGAGCGCCAAUAGCAACAACUACCAACUGACAUAUGAAUUCAGUAUGCAGCGGCUCGCUGGGUACUACGGCUUCCAGGCUGAAAGCGACAUGAGGUACAUCUCUCCAGAGAACCGUCAUGCACGCUUCUAUGUGCAGGCCAAGCACGAGAGCAAUCACCAACGCCGCACCAUCCAACUCACGACGGAAGUCUCAACCCCGGGCAUGGAGAGGCCGAUGAAGAUGGUUUACUCAACUGAAAACCAGGACUGUUCGUACAGCACCAAGUGGGUGAGCGAGCUUAACGGUCAAGAAACGGUGUUCAGCUGGCAGCUGGAAACCUUCCCCAUGGGCGGAGUUAAGACCUGGGACAUUGCCUUCGACAUGAAGGCUUUCAGAGAUAUUCUGAGGGCAGUGAGCACCAUGGUAGGUGUGCGAAGCGGCACACUUUUGCCCACCUCCGCCUAUGAUGACCAGAGGAGCACCUACCGUUCACAGUAUAGCCGAGCCAUCCCACACACGCACUCCUUCAGGAUUGCGUCCCCGUCCCGCGACGUGGAGGCCGAGGCGACCCUCUCCCCCUCCAUGGCGGGCAUCAAGGUCUACCCGAACAGGGCUGCAGGCGAACACAAGUACGAGGUGGCCGGUGAGUACCGUGAAAACCAGUGGAGCGGCAUGUCCACGUUUGAAGGGCGAAUGAGUCAUCCAAGGCUGGACAAAGACUUGACAGCGGUUGUCGAGUACGCUGCUAGCGGCGACAGGCGACAGGGAUCAUUCGAACUGGACAUCUUCCCUGACACGGCUGACAAGAUCACCGGUUCUCUCAGCUCCGUCCUUUCGGCUAACAACACCGUCCUCAUCGAGGCCAACCUUUCCUCAAGGAUGUUGCAGGUGAAGCCCAAAGUGCUGGUGGAAGCUUCCUGGGCUGCACACACUGCUGCCUUUAAUUUCUCCUUCAGUAAGACUCCGACCUCGAAGGAAUCGUUAGAAGUCAGGUCCAAAUACGACCAAAUCUCCAAACAUUACUCGGCGGUGACCUUCCUUUUGGCAACAGAAGGCCGUCCUGUGGUGGACGUGUCCGGCGUGGUGGAGCCGCGCCAAGGUCCCUCGUGUGACGGCUUUGCGCUUAGAAGCAACUGGCACACGUCUAUCCUUGGAAACUUUAUUGUUAACUCCACCGUGUGUAAGCCUGCCUUCCUCGAGGUGGCUAUAACCAAGGCCAGCGACCAGAACAUCUACAAGGCCAAGGUCGGUCUACAGUCACCCUACAAAGCCCAAAUCAGCCUUUCCGAGACAGACAGGUACAACAUAUGGGAGGAGUACAUGUCGAUCGUUGGCAUCAAACUGAAGACCCCUCGCCACAUCAAGAUCGACUUUGAGUACAAGCCUGAGCAAACGAGAGCUAUGAAGGACUUCUUGAUAAGUGAAGUGGAUCGAGUGAGUGAGGCGUUCUUGACGUGGACGGACCACCUCUACGAGGAGGUGAAGCGGCAGGCAGCCCAGAAGGGAGUUGACUUCCCUGCCGUUGAGAUAAGGAAGCUCGCCGAAGAGAUCAAACAGGAUAUCAUGAAGAUUUACGCCGAUGUGCUGGACAGCGAUCUCGGGCCCAUUAUGGAGGACGUCAUGGAGAUCCUGCGCGGGCCAACGGCCACAUUCGUGAGGGAGGCGUUCUACCAGACCUUGGCAGACAUGGAACACGUGCAAAGGGAAUGGGCGAGCAGUGCCUUCCAGCAGAUACUGGCAUUCAAAAACUACUUCAGAUACACAAUCAACGAAAUAUAUCAAGCAGCGGACCAAAUCUCCCGCUGGAUAAACACGGGCGAGGAGUCGGAGAUUGUUCGUCGCAUGCUUGAGGAACUCCAACGAACAGUCUGGUACCAGCUGAUCAAGACCGACGUGAUCGAUCCUCUCAGGGAGAAGUACCCCCAGGCGUACCAGGCCUCGAUGGAGGUGGCGGCCAAGGUUACGGACUCCCUCAGGAAGGACUUGCGUAUGUUGAAGCAGAAGCUGUGGGCGUCGCCUACGGUGCGCAGCUUUAGCCUCAAAAUCGUAAACUUGUCCAAGGAGGAAACGCUGAAGUGGACUCUGGAGUGGCUGCUCAGCCAGGUGACGCAGCGCAUCCUCAUCAUCGCCCCCGAGCCCGGCACGUACCGCGUCGGCAUUCAAAUCCCGCUGUACCGGCCCGUCUAUUCUCUCUCGCAAGUGCUGAACAUGACCAUGCAAUCGCCGCCGUCGUUCACACAAAAACUGCUUCUGGCUUCAGAUCUACUCAGCCCCAUCCCCUCCAACAAGAUUUUGGAAACCUACUAUGCGUGGAUGCCCGCCAAUCUGUCCAACUCCGUUCCACCCUUCAACCGUUCUGCCUAUGUGGUGGCUGACACGGAGCUCCUCACCUUCGACGGCGCUCUUCUUCGAACGCCUCGCUCACGCUGCAAGGUUCUGCUCUCCUCUGUGCCCGGCGUGGCGUCCGUCCAUAUGUCGCACCCACAGCCGUCGGCGGCGCCCGAAAUCACCUUCCAGGCGGGCCAGACCAAGGCUAUCAUCAAGCCCAACAUGGAAGUGAACAUUAACGGCAGGCCGGUACAAGGCGAGCAGACAGUGGGUGACAUGCACUUCAGAGUGACCUCACGCUACAUCACGCUCGCCUCCCCGCUGAUGGGUGUCCACCUGAUGAAGGAGGAGCGCGUACUUAUGGUCAACGUGUCUGGAUGGGCCUUCAACCACACCAAGGGACUUCUGGGAUCGUACGACAAUGAACUCAGCAACGACAGACUCAAGAGCGACGGCAGGAACGCCACAAACCUCCACGAGCUGGUGGCCUCGUGGCAGGAUGACCCGAGCUGCAACACUCCUUCCAUAAGCCCCAUCGACCCAGCACAGGUCCCCGUAAAGGACAGCGUGCUCUGUGACCUUAUGUUCUACCUCAUGAGACCGUGCCGGCCGAUGGUGAGCCCCAAACCCUUUAUGCAAAGGUGUCAGGCCGAGGGUCGCCCAAUCGAGGCCGCCCGCUCCUACCAGAGUUCCUGCCUGAUGCAAGGCGUCCAUUUCCCGGUGUCGCUCUUCUGAAUGUCCUUCGCUACACACGCAACACCCUCUCCGAUGACUAGACCUUCUGCCUAAAGCACAGCGCCAACUGCUCUGUGCGGCUCCUCUGACGGAUCUUGGCUACUCACAGAACACACUCUGAUCAUUACAAUCCAAGAUGUUGAACCGUGUAUUUAUUAUGAUGUAAAUAGCUUAAUAAACCAACACUGCAUUCCAUAUAA